GUCAGAAUGUCCAUGAGGUCCUUUGACGAGUUAUUGACUCUGUGCAGAUAUGAUUUAUUGAAACAAGAUACAAUAUUAAGAAAGUCUGUCAGUCCCGAAGAAAAGUUAUUUGUAACAUUAAGGUAAGUUAAAACAAAUAAUGAACUUUUUUAGUAGGUAAGUUUUAUUAAAGAAUGUAACUGAACAAACAAUUCACGAACAUUUUUUUGGAGUUAGUUACUACAAUUUUGAAUGUUAAACAGUUCCAUAUAUGGUUCCGAGUCCAGUGAAUCAGGUGUAUCACUUGGAGAACUUGUAUACAUUAUUGUAUUCAUAGAAUUAUAUCCAGGACUAUUUGUAAUAGUUUCAGUCGGAUAAUUCGUGGUGCGCGGUUACGUCGAAGAACCAGGAUGAUAGUUGCCUUGACUAACCAGUCUACCACCUGAAUUAGCUUGUUAACCCUUUCCAGCCCAGCGACUCCAAUUGGAAUGUAUUGCCUAAAGCCACGACAGAAAACUUAAAAUAAAUAGAAAUAGAAAUCCCAGGCAAUAUAUUAUAGCCAAUAGAUCACAGAUGGCGACACGCAUACCAGUUUGUGAAAUAUCGAUUGACAUUUCGAUUUUUAGGUUAAUUCAAAGUUUACAGUAUUGUGUGUAAUAAUUAUUGUUUGUUCUUGAAUAAAAUCAAGAUGCCGACCGUAGGUCGGUGCGUAGGACUUACGGAAGAGGAAGAAAAACACUUGCUGAUGUUGCUACAAGGGGACGAGUCGAUUUGGAUUGUGUAACCGACAACGAUGAAGAUGAUUUCGAUCAAGAAACGUUCCUUCGAUUACAAGAGGAAUAUGAUCCUUAUCCUCCAGAACCUUCUCCAGAAGAACUAGUGUUAUCUAAUUCUAACUUAGAAGUGGACACAGAUAAACUAUCUGAUGAAAAUGGACAUGAACCUAACAGACAAAUGCAACAAGACUUUGACCCUGAAGACGAUUUACCUAUUAUUACGUUUCGGAACCAGCACCCAACGCCUGCUGUACAAAUUGCUCCAAAGUGGAAAAAAGCAGAUCUUCCUUUCGUAAAUUCUGAAUGUAAAGUAAUAUUUACUAACGAAAAGGAAAAUGAUUCAACUCCGCUGUCAUAUUUCAAGCUAUUUUUUGAUGACAAUUUAAUUCAACAUAUUACUGAUCAAACAAAUUUGUAUUCUACACAACAAACGGGGGCAUGUAUCAACACCACAUUCACAGAAAUCUCUCAAUUCCUUGGAAUAAAUAUUAUGUCUGGUAUAGUCAGGAUGCCUAGCUAUCGAAUGUAUUGGGCACAAGAAACUCGUUAUUCACCUAUAGCUGAUACUAUGUCGAGAGACAGAUUUGAUAAACUAAGAACUCAAAUCCAUUGCAAUGACAAUACAAAUAUGUUGACCCAUGAUCACCCAGAUUAUGACAAACUUUUUAAAAUACGACCUGUCAUAGAUGCCCUAAAAUUAAAUAUGUCCAAAAUUGAGCAAGAAGAAUACAAUUCGGUAGACGAAAUCAUGGUGCCGUUCAAGGGAAGGAGUUCCCUCAAACAGUUUAUUCGGAAUAAACCGCAUAAAUGGGGAAUAAAGAUAUUUGCUAGAGCUGGAAUCAGCGGUAUUAUCUAUGAUUUUGAAAUAUACAGGGGAAAAGGGACCGUGAAAGAGACUAAUCUUGGAAUCAGUGGUGACAUUGUCAUUAGACUUGUAGAGACAUUACCCAGAAACAUAAAUUAUAAAGUUUUUACAGAUAAUUGGUUCACGUCUUAUAAAUUAUUCUGUGAACUUAAAAAGCUGGGAAUAUUUGCAUCUGGAACCGUAAGGAUUGCCAGACUGCCUGGAUGUCAAAUGAAAAGUGAUGCGGAGUUGAAAAAAGAAGGACGUGGUUCGUUUGAUUUUUGCACAGAGAAGAAUGAAAAUAUAUUUGCCGUCAAAUGGUUUGACAAUAAAACAGUGCAUGUCGUCUCAACUUAUAUAGGCCUGCAGCCUAUAGAAAAUGUCAAAAGAUGGUCUUCAUCAGAGAAAAAGUUCAUUGAUCUCCCUCAACCGUAUGCUAUCCAAAUAUACAACAAAUACAUGGGUGGCGUUGAUUUAAAUGACAUGCUCGUCUCCUUGUACCGAAUCAAAAUAGGUGUUAGACGUUAUUAUUUACGAAUAAUUUACCAUCUAAUAGAUAUUUGCAUCGUCAACGCAUGGCUCUUGUACAGGAGGGACUGUUCAGCAAGAGGAAUCAAAAAAUAUAAACGACUGGUCACUUUCAGAGCUGAAGUUGCACAUGCAAUGUUGCAACAGAAUGCACCAUUACGGCGAAGAGGACGCCCGUCGGAUGCAGAAGUUGAACAGCCUCCACGAAAACGACCUGUUGUGCCCAGACCGAUAGAUGAUGUGAGAUUUGAUGGAUUUUCUCACUGGCCAGAACACAUAGAACCAAAGCAGAGAUGUAGGAAUUGCAUCAAAUCGUAUGCGAGAAUUUCUUGAAUGAAAUGCAACAUGCCUCUAUGUUUGUCAACGGAAAAAAAUUGUUUUAUUAAAUUCCAUAAUCAGUAAUUUUAAAUGUUUACUACUCUUACUACUCUUUUGUUAUAACUAAAAUUAAAUCUAAAAUAAAC